AUGGUUUCAUAUAAGAAAUCAGCCAUCGCUGUCGCUGUCGCUGUCGCAGGCAUCGGCAUAUCAACCGCUCUUGCCGGCAGCACAAUCCCCCGCAACACAAUCCCUCGCAACACAAUACACUUCAUAUCUUUCGACGAUGUAGACAGAAUCAUCGCCUUUACAUCCCAUGCUCACUGUGAGGAUAUUGAGGAUAUUCACCACAAAGGUGGAGAGAACUUCACUAUUGAAAUGCCUCAGAACUGGGGAGGUACCGUUAUGGCUAAGAAGUAUGAUGCUGUGGUCCCUAUCCACCGUGUUCAAGCCGAAAUUCAAUGGCAAGGGUUCGAAGGCAAGACCCACUACGAUGCCAGUGCGAUCACCAACCAUACCGAUAAUUCUGGCAUCCGUUUCAUUUACCCAGCUGGUCAAGGCGAUGUCUACGAGACACGAAGUGGAUGCACCGUUUAUCCUUGCGAUAAUGCUUAUCUUCAGCCUGACGACGAGCAAACCAAGGUCACCUACCAAACUGAUAUGGUUAUUGAGAUUGGCGUUUUCGUCUCGGCUUGCCUUCAGUCUCGGCAACCUUUGAUCGCUGUUUUCGAUAAAUCGUAA